AUGAGUGCUGCUGGUGGUGGUGCGGCUGCUCCAAAGCUUCUUCCUCGCCACCACGACGAGUUCCGAUCCAAGGAGUACUGGGACUCGUUCUUCCAGCAGAGGACUGACGCCUUCGAAUGGUAUGGUGAGUAUGAGGACCUUCGGAAGCUCGUGCACCGGACGCUGCGGCGCACGGAGCGGAUCCUGGUCAUCGGAUGCGGAAAUUCCAACUUCAGCGCCGAGUUGUACGACGACGGUUUCGAGGAGAUCGAAAACGUGGACUUCAGCGAUCCGGUGAUCGCUGAAAUGCACCGCUCUCACUCCGGAGUGCGUCCCAAAAUGACGUGGACUGUCAUGGACGUAACGGACAUGAGAGGAUACGAAGACGGCUCUUUCGACGCAGUUGUAGACAAGGGGACCCUCGACGCCCUCAUGUCAGAAGACACCGCCGAGGUCAGGAAGAGCGGCGAAGCCAUGCUGCGGGAGGUUAAGAGAGUCCUCAAGCCCACGGGAAGGUACAUGUGCGUGACGCUUUGGCAGGAUUUCAUCGGCUCGGCCUUCCUCUCCUCGUUUGCACCGGCCGCCGUUCUCCCCGCCGCCGGCGCUGCUGCCGCUGCGGCCACCUCCGGCGGCGACGGGGGCGGUAUGUCUUCUUGGAAGCUCGACCUGCACUCCGCAGCCGCCACGUCCAAGCCCUCGCCCUACCUCCCCGUGUGCAUGGUUGCGGCGAAAUCGUCGGUCACCCACGAAAGAGAACCUAUCGCGGAGGCCGGUGGCGAGGGGGGGGGGGGAGCUAUGCGCGUGACGGCGUGGUGCGACAGGGCAGGGAGACCGCUGGAUGUCGGAGGGGAGGCGUCGGUGCUGGUUGGCGAGACAGAAGUGCUGCUACACGUGAGAGAGGCGCAAGAGAUGCACCGCCGACGAUUCGACCUCAGGGAGAUCAAGCCGGGUAGAUUUCAACAGGAGGACCUGUGGGGAGAAGGGGAACACGACUCCCCCCGCUUUACGCUGCUAGUCGUGGACGUGUCCAGCGACGGCAGGGCGAGCACGGUGCCUUGCGCGGUCGUGCUGAUUCCUCGCGGCAGGGACCGAGACUUUACCUUCUCGUCUCGCGAGGGUCUCCAUCAGGUGGCCGAAAGCGCGAACGCUCGUCGUCUUAUCGCCGUCCGCCUCAACCGCGGGCACGACUUCUCCCACGGGGUGGAAGGGGUCAAGGCGGAGAUCUCCCCUUCCAUCUCCGACUUUGCUCCCGAGGCUUCGGCGGCGGCCACCGGAGGGCCCGGCAUCCCCAUCAUGGCCGUGGCCGACGGCUUGGGCGCGGAGGGCAGGGUUGUAGCGGAAGGGCGCCUGGAGUGCAGCGGCAACUACGUGGUGGAGGAGGAAGAGGAGGAGGACGAGGACGAGGAUGAAGACGAGAGUCGGCCGGCUGGGGUCUACCGAAGGCUGAUUUUCCUCAAGAACGAGGGCGUGGUGCAGACGGAGGUACGAAUGCUGGGGGAGGGAGAGGACGACGGGGCGCGGCCCCCGCCGGCUUUUUCUCGCAAGUCCUCCAAGAGCGGGGGCGGCAAGAAGGGGAAGGGGAAGGGGAAGGGCGCAAAAGGCGGGAAGAAAACGCCUCCGCCUGCGGCGGUGGCGGCUGCUGCUGGUGGUGGGGGUGGAGAGGGUGUGGUUGAGGGGGGAGGCAGGGUGGACUCUAGCCACCUUUGCUUCGAGUACCACAGGUGCAUGAUCGCCGGCGCCGCUUUUGCUGACUUCCGCAUCACCACCGGCACAAGCGGCGGCGGCGGCGGCGGCGGCGGCGGUGGGCAACAAAAAGAUAACCGAGCCGGCGCCCGAGCGCCCACCGCUCUCGUGAUUGGCCUAGGCGGGGGCGCUCUUCCUAUGGCUCUUCGGCGAAUGUACCCAACGGUGAAGGUGGCCACGGUAGAGCUGGACCCUGAGAUGGCGGGGGUAGCCAAGGACCACUUCGGGUUGAGGGAAUCACCGGAUGGCCUCAAGGUCAUCGUUGAGGACGGUGUAGCCUUCGUGAAUGCUGCCGUUGUCUCUGCUACUGGCGAGGAUGGGUUGCCCGCCAACGCCGCCCGGCUUGAUUCAACGUCACAACCAUUCACAAAACCGACUUCAACGCCCGAUCUCUCGGGCACCCCCGCGGGCUCAGCCCCUGCGGCGGCCGACCCACCAAAGCCGGCGGCAGCGUGCUGCGCCGACGGUGGUCUUGCCACGGAGGCGGUGCUACCGCCUCGGCCCCCGGACGCUAACGAUAGCGGCCAUCAAACCGGAUGGGGAGAAGCGUUCGGCCCGCCAUACUCGGCCAUUUUUCUCGACGUCGACAGCAAGGACACCUCGGUGGGGAUGAGUUGCCCCCCGGCGGCGUUCCUAGAGCCCGCCUUCCUGACCAACUUGAAAACCCUCCUAGAUGGUGGUGGUGGUGGUGGUGGUCAGGGGGGUACCGGGGGACCUGGGAUUUUGGCGAUCAACGUGGCCGCGCGGUCGAAAGAGCUCUUUGGCGGGGCGGUGGACGCUGUCUGUGCAGCGUUUGCAGGAGGAGAGGUCCACAAACUCCGUGCCGGUGCGGACGACGUGAACUCCGUGGUGCUGGCGUUACCCAGACCGAGGGGACGCGCGCGAUCGGGCCCCCUGUUGGCGGUGGCGGAGCAGGCGCUGACGUCUGCGACAGUUUCCAGGAAAGCAUUGGCGAGCAUUCUGGAAAUGUGUGAUCGUGCCGAGAUGGUGCAAGCGGCGCAACCGCCCAAGACGAAGUCCAAGACAACCGCUGGCGGGAAGGGCGGGAAGAGCAAGCGCUCGGGCCGUUGAGAGCUGCUUGUUGAGCAAGGCUCCCGGUGUCUGGCUACAAGUUUACGAAGGGGCGAGGAUGAUACAGGGAGACCCGCCACAGACUACUGGUUUGCUGUUUUCGUGGGGUUAGAAGAAGCGGCCAAGCUAAUCGGUACGCCACAGGGGCAAGGGAUAGAUGGAAAAAGCGGUUCCCAUGGGACAUCAGCGACCCACUUGCCAGCUCCUCAGGCCGAGGAGGCGCAGUUGGAGACGAGCCAGAGGGUGUUGUCCUCUGCGUCGAGAGCCGUGGAAAAAACUGGUCAAGGCAGAGUGGUACGUGUGUUGAAGGGGCGAGGGGACAGACAGCGAGACAAUCGCGACGCACUUGUCUCUCUUGGAUGUGUUUUCCGUGGAGGAACUAGACUAAAGAGGCUCCAACCUCUGUAGUGUAGCAUGUUGACUAAGCGAAUGCAGGCCGCCAGCAGUAGAAGUACGUGUGGUCCUUUUGUAUGCAUCGGUUCCCAGAACAUUUGGUGGUUGUGUGAUGUUGUUACAGGCCUUGUGCCAAAACUGCUACCCAGCACAUGCUUGGUUGGCGAAGGUCGUGGAUUCAAAAUCCCGGCGUGACGCAGUGGUGUUUCGGAAGCGCUCGUUCCUGGGUGAAACAAGUUCGACAUACAUG